AUGGUUACUUCUGGCUAUGUUGGGGUUGGCAUUUGCAUUGGCAUUGGAUUAUUUUAUUGGUGUGGAGUGCUCCUGAUGAUAGGAUGCAUGCAAUAUAGUGGAGAUAUCUCCCGUUACACUCUGAUUGCUUCCACAGCAUUUCCCAGAUGGGGGCGAUUAAUCACAAGCUUACUUUUCUACUUGGAAACAUUAUGCACGCUUUUGGGAUUUCUGAUUGCAGUGGGGGAUUUAGCACAAAGUAUUCCGACUCAUGUGCAUCACUUUGGGUUACUAAACACAAGAGAGUUUGCAACAUUUGUUGCUAUGGUGGUUAUCGUUCCUGCGACUUGGUUCGAGAAGUUAUCUACAGUCUCCUUUUUCUCGUUGUGUUGUACACUUGGGCUCUUAUUUGUCAUGGUAUUGACCAUUUACAUCGGGUUCUUUGGUGGGGUUGGAUUCAAAGCCCGAAUUCCACUUGUACUCUCAAUUGCAUUUGGAGUGUUCACAGCUGUAUUUUUACUCUUUGGAUUAUUGGGAAGCUUUAUGUUUGGGUUCACUACAGCCCCUUUGAUCACUCAAAACUUACCAAGUCAUUUGCUGGCUUCAAGUGACUAUUUGAAAGCAAAUGAAGAAGAUGACCAGGCUUGUAUACCCCGUGGAGGCCGUCGAAGGCAGUACGUCCGACGAAACGUCACCGGCAUAGACAGGAAGGAAUUGCUGGGAAGAAGCUGGUGGCGUCGUAAGACGGGGACUCGCGACCGAACAGGAAAUUUACUGGAAUGGAUGGAGAGAGAAUUGGCCUGUGUUCUCGUAUGGUGGCUCUCAGCAAGAUCAUAG